GCGUCAUGUCUCUCACCCAUUGCACAUUCACACCUUCACAUGUGCAGAAAUAUGUUACUCGGUCUCACAGAAUCACUGCCUAGCUUAGUGGGAGCGAAGUUCACCUCAGCCAAAUCGUCAAGUAGCCUGGUCUUCUCGCCCACCGAGCUCUCCAUCAUCCGCACAUCCACCGGCAUACCCCUUCGUUUCUGCCCCUCGCUAGCCAAGAAGCCCAUACCCAAACUUGAAAAGCCUUCGCCAACACCCAAGAAGCACUUCGACCCCUUCGAUAACCCGUCGCCCUCGCUCCACAUCACCGACAUCCCGACCGAUGCGCCAACGCACCUCCUCGUACUCAACAAAUUCCCCAUCAUAGCGAACCACUUCAUCCUCGCGACUAAGACGAACAAGCAGCAAACGCACAUCCUAGAGCAAGAUGAUCUGCAAGCGACGUACGCGUGUUUGAAGGCAUGGGGUGAGGACGCGACACAAGGCAGCAAGCAGAAGCGUUUGUUCGCGUUUUUCAACUCGGGGGAACAUAGUGGCGCGAGUCAACCGCAUCGUCAUUUGCAGUUCUUGCCUGUGGAGAAUAUGCGCGACCACGAAGGUGCGAACGGGUGGGGUUUGCUAAUUGAUUUGAUACUGAAGAGCGGAAAGGUUGCGGGCUCGAUGCCAUACUGGCAAGACCCAAACAUUCCGUUCGCGCAUUUCGGCCGCAGAUUCGACGCCGAGCCCACCGGGGAGCAGCUUGUCAGCAUCUACAAUGAGCUGUAUGGCCUAGCGAAGGAUGCCGUAGAUGACUUCAUAGCCAAAGACCCGGGCAGGUUUGCUCUGCAUCCCACCGAGGGCGGCGAUUCGCCCAUAAGCUACAACCUAGCGAUGACAACAGAAGGUAUGGUGAUCCUGCCUAGACGGUCUGAAGGCACUAUGCUCAAACGCCCUGACGGCAAUGAGAUUGGCUUUGUUGCCCUCAAUGGCACCACUCUCGGGGGUACAAUGCUAGUCAAGAACCAAGAAGAGCGGGAUGUUUUGCGCUCGCAACAAGGCAAGCUGGAUUCCAUUUUGAAUACCAUUGGCAUACCCAGGGAUACCGAAGCUUCGAAGGCUCCAUCUAGCUUGUAGGAACUACCCCAACAGAGUUUUGAGCACUAGAUACCCCCUCGAGCAUGACAGUUCAACUGCAAUCCCUUCAUUGAUAAGUUAUAACCCAUAUAUCCUAGAAUCGCAAAAG